CAUGGCGGCGGCGGCGGCGGCGGCAGCUUGGGCGCGCCGCAGUGGUAACUGAGCUUCCAGUCUGGCAGGCGUGCGCCGAGCCCCGGCCCGGCCUCCGCGUGCCCCGGGGUCCCGCGCCCCUGAUGCUGCGCGGGUGCUGAGCCCGCACUGGCCGGGACGAUGGUGAAGUAUUUCCUGGGCCAGAGCGUGCUUCGGAGUUCCUGGGACCAAGUGUUCGCUGCUUUCUGGCAGCGGUACCCGAAUCCCUAUAGCAAACAUGUCUUGACGGAAGACAUAGUACACCGGGAGGUGACCCCUGACCAGAAGCUCCUGUCACGGCGACUCCUGACCAAGACCAACAGGAUGCCCCGCUGGGCCGAGCGACUGUUUCCUGCCAAUGUUGCUCACUCGGUGUACAUCCUGGAGGAUUCUGUUGUGGACCCACAGAACCAGACCAUGACCACCUUCACCUGGAACAUCAACCAUGCCCGGCUGAUGAUGGUGGAGGAGCGAUGUGUUUACUGUGUGAACUCUGAUAACAGUGGCUGGACCGAAAUCCGCCGGGAAGCCUGGGUCUCCUCUAGCAUAUUUGGUGUCUCCAGAGCUGUCCAGGAAUUUGGUCUCGCCCGGUUCAAAAGCAAUGUGACCAAGACUAUGAAGGGCUUUGAAUACAUCUUGGCCAAGCUGCAAGGUGAGGCCCCUUCCAAAACCCUUGUGGAGACAGCCAAGGAAGCCAAGGAGAAAGCCAAGGAGACGGCACUGGCAGCUACGGAGAAAGCCAAGGAUCUCGCCAGCAAGGCAGCCACCAAGCAGCAGCCACAGCCGCAGCAGUUCGUGUAGCCACAGCCCUGGCAUCACCCACCCCACCCCUACUGCUCCAAGACUUUAUUUUAAAAGUCAACUUCCAGCCCCCUCUGCUGUCUGUGUGGGUCGGGUGCAGGUGUCCCGUGUGGUGGCUACAGUGUGCCAAGCAUGCUAACCCACAUCUGGGCUGGGCCUUAUUCCCGCAUCAGGCGGCUAAGGACAGGUGCUGUGACUUUCCAGGUCACAGUGUGCAGGGAAGUGACAAACACAAGACUAAGCUCCAUGGGGCAGGGACCUUUGGUCUGUUCUCUGAUGUGUCCCAAGUACCUAGAACAAUAUCUAGCACAUAAAAGGCAUCCAAUAAAUAUUUGUUGAAUUCA